AUGGCACAGAAGUCCGAUCGACAUAAUCCUUGGGAAGGAAUCCAAAUUGGGACCGCUCGCUCUCCAAACUCAUCAUGGUACGGGUCGUCAUCGCUCUUUCAUUUCAUCGGGCGCAUGAAUAGCUACUUGGGUGCAAUCCUCCAGCAGACCCAAAUGAGCAACCAAAUGGUUCUUCAUGGAACCGCAAGCACAUUAUUAAACGGCAAAACCGAGAACAGCUCGGAAGAUGACUGUCAGCAAGCUGCCCUUUCUGCAGAGGACCCCUUCACAGCGGGUCAAUUCUUGAGUCCAAUCCAGGAAGAAUACUUUCUCGACUUCUUUUGGAAAUCUUACCACACAUGCCUCUUCCCGAUCAUCAAUGAAGCCGAGUUCAUGGACCACUACCGAUCACUGUGGGCAGAUUCUGGGGAUAAAAGAAGGCCUGCCGCGCUUGUGGACAUUGUAGUUGCUCUUUGCAUGCAAUAUGGUGUCUCUCAAAUACCCCCUGAGCAGCAAAAGUCCAUAAUCGGUGGAGACCCCAGUGUCGCCGGUCGUUGGUACUUCCGACGUUGUCAGCAGCUAGUCACUUACCAGCUCGAAAGUCCCACUGUAUCGACAGUACAAACUCUGAUGCUCUGUUCCAUAUACCUGUGUAACGGGUCUUUUCAAAACAUGUCAGCGACAUGGGCUGGUAUGGCUGCGGAAGCGGCUUAUGUUGCGGGGCUUCAUAUAGCCCCAUCACCCAACCUUCCAUCACCGGAACGUGAACUGAGGAAGCGUCUUUGGUGGGCUCUUUAUGAGCUAGACGCCAAAAUCGGUAUGAAAUUGGGUCGACCAUUCCUUCUCCAUCGUUCUCCUACCGAGCCCGGACUUCCAGAUGAUCAACCUGAAACCGCAAAGCAAUCCGGAUCUCAAUUGGCCAACUCGGGUGAGAACAAAACAUGGCUUAGCUUCCACCUUGAAAACUCGAAACUUUUUGUUAUUGCACGCGAGAUUCACGAGGCUUUCUACGCAAGAGAUGUGAGCCUGGUCCAAGGCCAAACCAUCUGGGACGACCCACAAGCACUAGAGUCACACGCAGAGUUCCUGCAGCUUUGCGCAAAACCUCUAGACCAAUGGGUCGAUGAGUUACCCAAUGCGCUCAAGACCAGCCGACAAGAAAACAGCACCCCCUACUCCACGGACGGAUCAAAACUGGACAUUGAACCAUUCGCACCGGUCUGGCUUCAGCGUCAGCGCCUGAACCUGGAGUUGAUUUACCACAACCUCUACAUCAACAUACAUCGACCAUUCAUCUCUUUCGUCGCGGGACCACCAUCAGGUCGGACAGAGGAGCUGGCAACUAAAUGCGCUUUUCACGCUAUGGAAAUCACCAAAAUAUUGCACCAAACACUAUCCUCAACGACCAUCCUAACAGGCUGGCAUGAAGCAUUUCAAUGGCAAUGGAACGCAUCAAUGACUCUCGUCGGAUUCAUCCUAGCCCAUCCAAGAAAUACUCUAACACCAGAAGCCAUCAAAGCAGUCGAUCUUGCCAUAAUAGUCUGUGAAAUAUUCGGGGAACGCUUCUCCGUUGCGAAAAGCGCAGCAACCAUCUUACGAAAUCUUGGUCCUAAAAUCAACUUCUUAUUGCAGUACAACUCAGAGAUGCAAGGUGCACCGAAUGAUGGAAUCGAUCAGGGAAUUCUCAAGCCGGCGACUAGUACAGAAUGGCUAGAUAGCCUGAUGGGUGAGACUUCAUUUGAUCCGUCGCUCAUGAUGCCUAUGCAAGAUGUGUUCCAGAUGGCUUUUUCAAUUGAGCAGUGGAGUGCCUUGGAUAAUCUUUUGCCUGAAUUGGAAGGUGAUCAGUGGAACGCUCAGAUUAUAGGGGCUUUCUGA